AACGCAACGUUUUUAGAAUCGAAUCAGUCACUUGCGAGAGGGAGAGGCACGACGAAGUAAAUCACCGCGUGUUUUUUCUAAUCGCUGCAACUUGGCUGCUGCAAUCAAAAUUCGCUGGCCGAAAUGUCUGUGACCCAGACGAAACAAAUCAAGUUCUACAAUCCAUCGAGUUCCGCCAGCUCCGACAGUUAUCGAAUAAAUAUUGGCCGAAACGCAAAAGGUGUACCGCUGUGGAGGAAAUAAAAGCUCUAAAUCACAUGUGAUCCACGCCGGCGGCGAUUCGCGUGAGUGUUCUGUGAGUGAGUGACCCAUUUUUGGCAUCGCCGGUUGCGUUCUUGCCGCAUUCGCUGUUUCUCACGCCCACGCGGACGGCAGAGAAAUUCAAGAAUCGCUGGCAGACCAGGCUAAAAAUGAGCAGCAUCACGUUUUUGUGCAGCAAGUCGUCGUCCCACAACAACAACAACAAUAGCAACCAUAGCAGCAAUGAUAUGCCAAAAGGAGCAAAAGCAUUUGCAGCGGCAUCCGCCGGCUUACUAACAAUCGCCACCCAUCAGCAACAACAACAACAACAACAGCAUCAGCUACAACAACAUCAGCAGUCAAAGGUUAAGGCUAUAGCAGCCAAAACCAAUGGUCACAUCGAUGAACGUUCUGAUGUCACUGAGCAGCUGUACGUGGAUCCGUAUGCCGACCUUGGCAGCGGCCUUGCCGGGGAUCUCAAUUGCUGCCCGGCCUCACCAACCACAGUGCCUGCAAAAGCUUCCCUUGAAUCGCCCAUGAAGCGUUCGGGAAGGAGACAGCGAACCACAUCAAUUGGAAACCAGACCACCACCGCGAAUCCGUCCGAAUGCAUCAUACGUGCAAACAAUCGCACGAUUUACACAGCAGGACGUCCGCCGUGGUACAAUUGUGCUGGCCAGCAGGUCGAGCCCUUUGUGAUAGGUAUCUGCGGAGGAAGUGCCUCUGGCAAGACCACAGUGGCCGAGAAAAUUAUCGAGAGCUUGGACGUACCGUGGGUAACCCUGUUAUCCAUGGACUGCUUCUACAAGAUCCUAAAUGAGAAACAGCACGAGCAAGCCCUUCUCAAUGAAUACAAUUUCGAUCACCCGGAUGCCUUUGACAUCGAGCUGCUGCUGGAUGUGCUCACCAAACUUAAAGAGGGACGCAAGGUGGAGGUUCCCGUCUACAACUUUGUGACCCAUGGCCGUGAGAGCCAAACGAAGACCAUGUACGGAGCCAACGUGAUUAUCUUCGAGGGCAUUCUCACCUUCCACAGUCCCGAGGUUCUAAAAUUGCUGGAUAUGAAGAUCUUUGUGGACACCGAUCCGGAUAUUCGCCUGGCCAGAAGGUUAAAAAGGGACAUCUCACAACGCGGCCGCGACCUGAAAGGAGUACUUAAGCAAUACCUAAAUAUGGUAAAGCCCUCCUAUUGCAAUUAUAUAGCUCCAACCAUGGCCCAUGCGGAUAUCAUUGUUCCUCGCGGGGGCGAAAACAAGGUGGCCAUUCAUCUCAUCGUGCAGCACGUGCACACACAACUCCAGCUGCGCGGAUUUAAGCUGCGUGAAACUCUGGCCAACUCCUACAAGGACCAGCCAAUGCCACAUUCUCUGCACCUGCUGCAUCCCACGCCCCAGAUCAAGGGCCUGCACACAUUUAUCCGCUGCCGAAAUACGUCCCGCGAUGAGUUCAUUUUCUACUCAAAGCGCCUCAUCCGGCUGGUCAUCGAGUUUGCGCUCAGUCUGUUCCCUUUUAAGAAAACCACUGUGGAGACACCACAAGGAGUUCAUUACGAGGGCAAGCGCAUGGAAUCACGUAAAAUCUGCGGUGUUUCCAUUCUUCGGGCUGGUGAAACCAUGGAGCAAGCCGUCUGCGAUGUGUGCAAGGAUAUACGCAUCGGAAAGAUCCUCAUUCAGACCAAUCUGAAGACCGGCGAGCCGGAGCUUUACUACCUGAGGCUGCCCAAAGACAUAAAAGACUACAAGGUGAUACUAAUGGACGCUACCGUGGCCACUGGUGCGGCGGCCAUGAUGGCAAUCCGGGUGCUGCUAGAUCACGAUGUGCCCGAGGACAACAUCAUCCUGGCCUCGCUGCUGAUGGCAGAGAUCGGUGUGCACUCUAUUGCCUAUGCCUUUCCUAAGGUUAAAAUUGUUACUUCCGCUCUGGAUCCGGAGAUUAAUAGUAAGUUUUAUGUUAUACCCGGCAUUGGUAACUUCGGCGAUCGCUACUUUGGCACGGAGCCCUCCGAUGAGUACUAAGGCGAUCCGGACCAUUUUACAUCCACACAACUUUGAAACCAUCAAGUUUCUAAUGUAUCCUAGGUUAAGUUCAAAUCGUUACUUAAAUUAUGAAUUCGGAA